AUGGCCUCUAUCGGCAAUAUUACCGCCGCUGCAGCGGCUGCGAGGGCAGACACAACCCUCGCACUAGCCAACUUCAAUUUCGAAAUCAGCCUGUUCACCAAACGAGUUAACCCGCCGGUCGAGUACGAAGGCGUCGGGCAGCAUCUAGCUAAGGCCCGCCUACAGGAGGCUCAAGACGGAUCGCAGCACACGACCGCGAGGAAGCUCGGGCUGCUCUUCAAGGGCAUCCUACCAACCACGCCAAAUCUAAUCAAGGCAUAUGGAUCAAGAGCUUCAGAGAUCGCUAAAAGCGCGAAGGCCAACCCAAAGGGCGAUGUCUCAUCGUAUGGGCCGUUCACGAAUCGCGUUGGCGCAGACGCAACAACGCUGUGGGCUGCAGCGACUUCGGGCCACGCUGCGAUCCAGUGCCAUCUACUAGCAUGCAUGUUGGCCAGGAUGUGGGACGCCCCUGAAGCAACAUCCCUUUGGGACGAGAUCAUACUUCGCCGCAAGAUGGAGGUUGCGGCGGACCUCGAAGCUGAGGGAGAGAUCGAUACUAAUUUGAUGCUUGCUACUGCCCAGCAGUUCCCACGUUGUGACCUUGCAGACUGGGAUGCAAGCUGCCGAUCUUGGCUCCGGGUGGCCGACUCAGAGAAGUUGGUGCAGCAGAAGAAGUUACGACUCAUUAUAGAUAACAUCGAUUUAUCCAAAUGGAGAAACUUUUGGAAGGCAUACCGCGAUCAGUUCAAGGUGGAGAAAUUCUCCUCGGACUAA